AUGACAAAGUGACAAAUACUGAAAUACCUAAUCAGCCAAACAAAAAUGCAGAAAUAUAACUAGUUUGUGAUGAAAUUAAUUUUAUCAGCAGUUGUUGAGAAUUAAAAAAUAUACACAAAACAUGGAAGCAGUACCAAAAUUGCCAUUAAUUAGUUUCGAGUUGAAAGUGUGCACGGAAAAUACGCAUUUCGGUCCAAAACUAAAACAGUAUAUCUCGGAGGCGUACAAAGAGGAUCCUGAUAGCUACAACAAUGAGAUACACCAAUUGGAAGGCCUGCGAUCGGCCGCCGUAAGACCUACUAUUGAUGCGGCAGGCCUGAGCGCUCUAGUUAGAUACUUCUGCCAACUUCGUGCGAUGCAGAGCCGGUUUCCGAUGACCAGAGGCGCACCCGCUGCGUGCACCUUUGCAUGGAAAGACCUCUAUGCCAACUUGGGUUUCUCUCAGACAGAUAUAAAAUAUGAAAUGGCAUGCGUUCUCUACAAUAUUGGGGCGUUCCACACCCAGCUAGGUGCAGCUGAGCCUCGUACUACUGCUGACAGUUUAAAAGCUGCUUGUCAGCAUUAUCAGUAUGCAGCCUGGGCCUUCCAAUUCCAUAGAGAACAAAACCCCACACCAUUGGUUGCUGACCUUUCUCCUGACAUAAUACAAUUACUUCAAGAAAUAUGUUUUGCACAAGCGCAGGAAUGUAUUCUUGACAAAAGUAUACAGGAUACAAGAAAACCUAGUGUUAUUGGUGCUGUAGCUACUCAAGUGCUCUAUUUUUACAAGAACUCCCUGGCACAUCUUGGACCUUCCGGAAGUCACAUUCAUGAUAUUGUUGGCACUAAGUCCUACAACUUCUGGCAUCGUUAUCUAUCAUUCAAAAUGUCUUAUAUUGGCUGCAUCGUUUGUUUGUAUCAAGGUAUCAAUGCAGAGGAACAACAGAAGAUGGGCGAAAGAGUUGCUUUCUACCAACAAGCUAUAGACAAACUAGCCGAAGCAAGAAAACUUGCAAAAUAUAUAGAACCAUUGCAAGUUACACAGGAAGCUCUAACUUUCACGAAUGAUGUGGUGGAAGGAAAACGGAAGGCGGCUAAGAAUGAGAAUGAGUUUAUCUAUCAUGAGGAAGUUCCAGAGAAGGAUAUGCUGUCUGAUCUUAAGCCUGUCUGUCUGGUCAGUGCUGUGGCUAUCAACUUUAAUGAUCCAGAAGUGUCCGGUGCUGAUAUCUUCGGGCGCUUGGUACCCAUGGGUGCUCACGAAGCUUCCUCUUUGUAUUCGGAGGAGAAAGCUAAAUUGCUACGACACGUGGUCGGUCAGACAGAGUCCAAAAACACCGAGUUGACCGAAUUCAUGUCUUCCCUGCAGCUGGACCAGUUGGAUGUUUUGGAAUCUGAUCAAAAGAUUCCCCAGGAGAUAGUGGACAGGUGUGCUGCGAUGAACGCUAAAGCAGACAUUAUACAGAAUCUCGUGGACUCCAUGAAUAGCCUCGCGGAAAUAAUCAGUGACGUAGAACAUUCCUUAGAAGAAAUUAAAUCGCUCAUUCAGGAGGAGACGUUGAAAGAGAAGGAUUAUCAAAAACAAAUGGGGCCACGGCCGCCAUCGAUCGUGCAGACCGAAAUAUCUCGGGAAUACCACAAGUACCAAGAAGCUCACUCAAGGACGAAUGAGAGCAACCAAGUGCUGCAUAAGGCAAUGACGUUACAUAUAACGAACUUGAGACUGCUGUCACAACCGCUGGAGGUUUUGCAGACUAAGAUACCGAGCAUCGAAAAUAUUGAAGGCCUGGAUCGCGACACAAUGAAAGAAAUGCGUCGCGUGGUAGGGAAGGCGCGUGAAAUGCAAAAGCAACGGGACUCACUGGUGCAGCAGUUACGCACUGCGCUGGCGGACGAUGACGUCACCGCACAGCUGCUUGCACGCAGCAACGAGCCAGCCGAAGACAUCUUCAAGCAGGAGAUUGAGAAGCACACGCCUACUGUGAAAAUUAUUGAGCAGAAUUUGGCUGCCCAAGAGAACAUCAUAAACAAGUUGACGUCACUCUACGCUUCGUAUGGGGAUUCUCGACGAUUGCUGUCAGAUGUAUUGAGGAAACGGGACGGCCUUAUUAACGCCUUGAUAACUUCGUACGACACGCACGCGGAAUUGCUGGGCAAGUCUCAGAAGGGUUUGGAGUUCUAUCGGAAGCUGUCGCACAAUGUCAGCGGCCUCCUGACUCGCGUGCGGAGUGUCUGUCAGGUGCAGUGCGAGGAGCGAGCCCAAGUCAUGGCCACUCAGAAGGCUCCCCAAGCAGCCCCAGUCACAUCGGCAACGACAAAACCCAUUGAGGCGGCUCCGGCAACUAUGCCUACUGGAACUGGAUUGAAAUUAAAAGAUUAUCUGCCCUACAUGAAGAGCAGGACUAUGCCCAGGAACACACCACCGCAACAAGGUCAAAUGGAGCAUUUGCCUAAUGAAGCUUACUAUCCUGAGACCAUAUAUCCAACAUCGAUAAGACCAACGCCUGUGGGAUCCGAAGCAACGGAUAUAACACAGCCCAACCUACCUGAUGGCGUAGUAUUGCCGCAAGGAAUGCAAAAUCUACCGAACCCAUACGCACGAUAUGCACAAGCGUACGCGCCAACGGAAAACGACCCGUACGCUCCUCAAGCGAACUACGCAUAUGCCAUGCACAAGUUCGGUAAACCGGAGGACAAUUAUAGUUACACUUCGUACACGCCUCCACAAUAUUCCUCCCAAAUGGCUGAUCCUCAAACUUACACCAAUCCUUACUAUUCCGCGACGCAUAAUAAUUCCACGGCUGUGACAGAUUCUCAGAACUCAACUCCUUACGCUCCCGAUAACCAAACAAAUAUCAGUCCGAAUCCUAAUAAUCACACAGUCUAUAAUAACCCGUAUAUGACAAAUCAGGCGCCAGCCACACCUGAUGCCAAUAUGGCACAACAUACUCCUGGGAGUCAAGAUUUCAAUGCAAGCUUUGCUCAAAUGCAAAUAUCUGCACCAAAGAACGAAUCUGCAUUCAACUAUGGUGGCGAAUACGGCCAAACACAAUUUAGCGUUCAGUAUCCUCAAUCGUAUACACCGAAUAUGGCAACAUAUAGCAAUGCUGGUCAAAACUCUAAUACAAACAUUGUAGGAUCGCCAAUGCCUGCAGAUAAUAAUUUUGGAUAUAAUAAUGAUCCUAUAGCACAAUAUGGACAAACUUCUAAUCCGAAUGUGUCGAAUCCAAUGGCACAGUAUGCCCAAACUUCGAUGCCAAAUUCGACGGUGCAAUACGACCAAAACUCACCAUCAAAUGUCUCAAAUCCUGCGGCACAGAAUGUACAAAAUUCGAUGCCAAAUAUGUCACACCCAAUGGCACAGUAUGCUCAAACAUCGAUGCCAAAUUCGACGGCACAAUACGACCAAAACUCAGCUUCAAAUAUCUCAUAUUCUGCGGCACAGUAUGGUCAAACUGCGAUGCCAAAUGUUUCAAAUCCAAUGGCACAGUAUGUCCAAACAUCCAUGCCAAAUUCGACGGUGCAAUACGACCAAAACUCACCAUCCAAUGUCUCAAAUUCUGCGGCACAGUAUGGCCAAAGUGCCAUGCAAAAUGUCUCUAAUCCAAUGGCACAGUAUGGACAAACUUCCGUAUCAAACGUGGCCAAUCCAACUGCACAGUAUGGCCAAACAGCUAUGGCAAAUAUCUCGAAUCCACCGGCGCAGUGUGACCAAACCACGCUUCCAAAUGUAUCGAAUCCUAUGGCACAGUAUGGCCAAAGUUCAAUGCCAAAUACUUCAAAUCCACCUUCCCAGUUUAAUCAAACUUCAGUACAAAAUGUGUCCAAUACAAUGGGACAGUAUGGGCAAACUUCGAUACAAAAUGAUCCAGCUGCGAACUCAUAUAAUCCUCAAGCUGCUAAUCAAAUGUCCAAUUUCCCAAAUAGCAUGCAGAAUUUUUCAACUCCUACUAAUCAAACUUCAAGUUUUUCAAAUCAUCAGAAUGUUUCUGGUCAAAAUCCAGUGCAAUAUUCUUCAAAUACGUCUAUUUCCGCUACACCAGACCACAAUCAGAUGCAACACCCCCCAAUGUCUUUACCGAAUGCAAUACAAAAUGUCCAAAUGCCUGGACCAAACACAUUAAACCCCACUUCAGGCAUGUCAAAUGUUAUGCCAAAUUUUUCAAAUCCUAUGCAAGUUGCACCUAAUUCUAUUCCUAAUUCAUCCAGUGUCAUUCCUAACAUUCCGGGAUACGGUGUGGACCAGCAGUAUGCCUUUACCAGUGCUUAUGAAAGUAUAUCGCAAGGAUAUGUGUAUACAAAUGCAGAAAGCACAAUAACAUCUACGGCUACUGCAAGCGUGACUGCAUUCGGCACUGGACAACCUUACUGCCUUCCGAAUGAAGCUACAGGGUACAUUGAUCCCAUUUUAUCACAAUUGGAUGCCCUUGAUAAACCUAUUAAGUCACAUGUAACUGGAGAAGCGCUAUCCACAGGCAUUCGAAGACAAAUUUAUAACCCGAUGGUUCAAAUGCCUGUGGCUCCAAUGCCUGUGGCUCAAAUGCCUGAUCAAAGUUAUCAACCAACAAGUGCGCAGUAUCCAGAUCAAUCGAACACGGGUCACGGACAUAAUUACCAAAAUCAUCCUGGAUAUACAUUCAAUGCUACUUCCGGAAAUUACGAUUAUAAUUACGGGUCACAAAACACUUACACAAAUUACGGUCAACAAAACGUUGAUACUCAAUCGAUGCCAAAAGAUCCUAAUUGGAACGCCGCGGGCGUCUAUACUAAUGCUGGACCUUGCCAAACCGUGCAAUCUCCAUCGGAGAAUCCACAAAGCAAUAACGCACCUCCGGAAGAAACGAGUAAUUCACAAAUUUAUUAUAAUCUUCCAUAUGGCUAUCUAACUGUAACAAACCAGGCAAAUGAUAUGGUGUCUCAGUCUGUUCAAGUCACUACAAAUUACGGUGCCAACAUGAAUUGUUCUACGUAUAUGCAAUCUGGGCAACUCCACGACACCAGUGUGACAUUUACUAGCAACCAAGUGCCAACUGUGAAGGAAAAUGACGCCGAUCAGUCUCCUAAGCCAACUGAGGCUGAAAUUCAUCCUACUCCCGUAGAAACUGCUCCAAAAGAAAUGCCCGAAAGUCAACCAGUUGAGACCAAAGUAGAGGAACCAAAAUCUGAACCGACAGCGUUCGAUCUUCUAUCUGGUAUCGAUUUCAAGGUUGAGCAUAAACCUUUGAUGCCCGAAAUAAAAGUGCCUCAGAUUUCGGAAAAAUCAAUCUUUAAACCUAGUGUAGUGCCCAAAUUGGAGCCCGUAGUAAAACCCAUAGUUAAAGAAGAAGUCAUAGAAAGACCUGCAAAAAGAGAUCUCUUUUCUGAUCCUAGCUUGAUGAACAGUUUUACGCAAGAGGUGAAAAAUUUACAUAGACUGACUGAGACUUUGACUAAUAAAACUCCCAGUGGGCUUACUGUUUUAGAUUCAAAAUGGAAGAGUUUCCAAGACACGCAGGCUAAAGAAAACAUGACUCGAUCUAAAAAGGUUGCAAUGCGUUCGUCCAGAAACAUAGUGACUGAAGUUGUCCCUUAUGACGACUCCCGAUUUACCUUGAAAUCAGAUCCGGACGCUUAUAUCAACGCUUCUUAUUAUAAGCAAUUAGCGUCAUGGUGCGUGCCACUAGUGAUCUCGAAAUGUCCAGAAGAGAAGGAGUACUCAAUCUUUUGGAAAGCAAUGUUGGAAAAUAAGAUAACGUGCAUUGUGUGCUUACUCAGUGAGAUAGAGUUGUCAGGAAACGCAUACUGGCCAACUGCGAAAGGACAAUCUAUUGAUUUAGCAGACGGUCUUCGGGUCACUUUGGAAGAUGUCACCUGUAAUGUACACUGGACUGAAAGAAAGUUGUCUAUAGCACUAGGCAAAAGCGUGUCUAUGGUUACUCAUUACCAGAUCAACGUAUUUCCGGCUAAGAUUGUAUGCCCUCCCUUAGUAUUACUCGCAGACAAGAUACUCAGCGUGACAUAUGAGGGUAGACUUAGCAACCAACUUUGCGGCGUGUGUAUACAGUGCGGCGCUGGCGCGGGCCGGAGCUCUGUGCUCGCACUGCUGGUGCUAGUUAUGUGUCAAGUGCGAGCCGGGUACUGGGACCUUUGUGAUAUGCUGGACGCGGGCUGUGUCAAUUUGUACAAGCACCGAACAAAUGUGCUAGAAGACACUAAGUAUCUUGCCGACGCUUACAGAACUGUCUUGUUCUACGCCCAGGGCGUUCUUUGUUCCGGUACAACAAUGUUCAACGGCGAAGCAGUGUCCGUAGCGAGCGGUGCUUCGGUCCUCCCCCCAGUGACCCCCUCCCCGGCAGGCGCGACCACCCCCGGUAGUUCCCAACCCAAUCUCAAGACGAAGUUCUCCCGGGAAUCGUUCGAGGAGAUGCGACAGGCGCCAGGCCUCAAGAGCGGAGAUAUGAAAGACCCGCUUAACUUCCUCGACCCAUUGUGGAGUUUAAAGAAGAAAUAAGUAAAUAUCUUUAAUAUAAAUUAAACUACUUAGGUACCGUCAGGAAUAUGCGUGUAAAAAACCAGUUUAAGAGCGUUUGAUAAAGCGUCCCUAAUAUUGAACAUUCGCCUGGCAUCUGUGAAACAUAAAAAAAUUGUACUUAAAGAAAAUAUAAAUGAAAGGAUAAUGUAUUAAAGGAUAAUAAAUAUGGCAUUACAAAAAAAAGGCAUAACCAAAUAAAUAG